AUGGAUUUCAUCAAGACUAGUUCCAUGCGUGCUCUGAUUGAGUUAACUUUCCAAUGCAAGUGGAAAGGCCUAAUUUGGAUGAGUAGAAACGGAGUUAUAAUCAAAAGAGUGAAGACUGUCCAGACGGUUCUAUCGAGAAAUCAGCGCCCAACCGCUCAAUCCGGCUGGCCGAGAAACUAUUGUUUCGCGCUCGGCCAAAGUCAUAUCCGUCCGUCUGAAGUCUCGGCCAAAGUUCAAAAUCGACCGGCCGAUCACAUAUCACGACCCGGGAAACAUUGUCCCGCGGUCGGCCAAGCUACAAUCGCUCACGCCACGCCGUGCACGAUCAUGCCGCGCGAGUUGGGGAACAAAGCCUCGCGGCCGCGCAACUCGCUUCGCGUACCACGGCCGAUGCAUCUGUCCGAGCCGGGAAAGAACGUCCCACGUUGA